AUGAGCGCAAGGGCAGAAGGAAAGGGCGCGACUUUUGUCAACUUCCUCAAAGAGUUCCCAAUUGGUGAUCCUGCGAGGAGCAGCCAACACGGGGAGGUUACAGAGGAAGUUGACCGCACCAUAGGAAGGAGAGUAUGGAGAAUUUACGGGCUUGUCUCGGCAAACAACUUCGUUUGUUUUCCGAGCACGAGAAAUGGGCAGCAAAAGCUAGAAAUUAGAGCAAACUAUGUGUACGUGCAAUUCAAGCCAAUGGCGAACCGGUUUUUUGUCAUGCAUUUUGACUUGAGAACCUCCAAGAACUCACCUUUGCGCAUCAGUUUGACAAACCUCGUCAAAGAACCAAAAGACAUUCCGAAGCCUCUUCGCCUGAAAGAGGCUUCUGGGCUGAUACCGCAAGAGCUGCUUCCUUGGGUGUACAUACCCAUUGGAUGCCGUUCUUCUGAGUGCAAUCAAAUCAGCUGCAGCAGCACGGACCGCAGCACGCCGGAACCUCUGGCGGAUGCCGACCGGUUGGGGGGCACUGUGGCUCCAGCCACAGCUUUAACCGAAGCAUUUUGGGGCCGCAGUGAACAGGAUAAGGGGAAAAAUUCAGAUGGGUAUCCUAGCGAAUCAGGGCUGAACAGAUCAGCGGCCUUUGCCGGCCUGCGCAGCUUCGGAAAUGUGGAGCAAUGUGGGAUGUGGAAGCUCCCGCCUGUUGAAUCUGAUAGUGAAGAUGUCCGGUGCACAGCGGUAAGCGGAAAUACUGUCUAG